UACAACGAGUGGGCUUAAAUUUUUGUGGUUUCUUUUUGUCAUCCCUUACCUCUUACUUUGGGAACUGCUGCUACUUUCACCAUUUUGGAUUCUUUCCUUCUUCCCAGAAAUAAAUUUGGCGCAUUUGGUUCGGAAUUCAGAUCACAUGAGAGCCAACAGACACACACAGCCAACAGCAAGACUUUCAGAUUUCACUUUUCUCUUCCCGCUCAACACAAAAACAACAUCAUUGGAACAAGACCAUUUCAAUCAAAACUUGAAGUGAAGAAGAAACAAACAUCCAAAUCAUGAACUACCCAUUAACGAGUUAGGUGAGUUGAGUCAAUCUAUUGCGUCAAAAAGCAAUCUUGCUCCAUCACUAUUUGGAUAUUUUCAUUUGAAAUUAUUUGCUACAUCACUAGCUAUUGUUUGUAUCUGUCUGAUGUAAGAACACUUUAGUUUAGGUGAGUUUUGUUGUAUUUAAGUGUAAAGAUAUGACUAGGAUUGUGUUUGGUUGAGGAGUGUGUAUUUUUUGUGAUCUGUGUGGUGUCAGAAAAGCAUGUAUCCUAUGUGGUUUUUUGGCCAUACCCAUUUGAAGAUGGCUUGGGUUAAGCAUCAAAUCCAGCAGAGAGAUGGUUACUUGAACUACCCUCCACCAGUUUUGUCUUCAUCUUCUUCAUCCCCAUACCCUGGUUCUGUUUUCCAUAAGGAACCAAUGUCUUCUUCUUAUUCAACACCACCACCUCCUUCAUCAUCUUCUGGUACUAGAAUUAGUCCAGCUGUUCUUUUCAUCAUAGUGGUUUUGGCUGUUCUGUUUUUCAUUUCUGGUCUGCUCCACCUGCUUGUUAGAUUCCUCAUAAAGCACCCAUCUUCUUCUGCAUCUGCUCAAUCCAACAGACACAAUGAAAUAUCCACCUCUGAUGCUCUUCAGAGACAGCUGCAGCAGCUCUUCCACCUCCAUGAUUCUGGUUUAGAUCAAGCUUUCAUUGAUGCACUUCCUGUUUUUCAGUUCAAGGAGAUUGUGGGUAUGAAAGAGCAAUUUGACUGUGCUGUUUGCUUGUGUGAGUUUACUGAAAAGGAUAAGCUCAGGUUGCUUCCUAUGUGCAGCCAUGCUUUUCAUAUCAGUUGUAUUGAUACCUGGCUUUUGUCAAACUCCACUUGCCCUCUUUGUAGAGGAACCCUCAUUGCUCCAGGGUUUUCUAUUGAUAACCCCAUGUUUGAUUUUGAUGAUCUGAGGGAAGAUGAUGAUGUGGGAAAUAGAUUCAGUUCUAGACAGAAAACAGUUGUUGUUGAAGAAACUGUAGAGAAAGAGAAAGAGAAAGGGGUUUUCCCUGUGAGGCUUGGUAAAUUCAAAAAGGUGGAUGUGGUGGAGGCUGGGGAGACUAAUGGAGUUGGAGAAACAAGUAGCAGUAAUUUGGAUGCAAGAAGGUGUUACUCAAUGGGAUCUUACCAGUAUGUGGUUGGCAAUUCAGAACUCAGGGUAGCCUUGAACCAUCCAAGACUUACCAAAGGAACAGAAAAUGCAGAGAGGCUUUCAGUGGAGGGGGAUAUGGAGGCAAAGAAGAUUAGUAGUGUCAGUAAAGGUGACAGCUUUUCUAUCUCCAAAAUCUGGUUGUGGCCAAAGAAGGGAAAUUUACAUGGUUCUAUGGAAGCUCAAGUGGGCAUGUCAUCUCAUCUUAAUACUAACUUGAGGGAGAUGAGGAAAACAGAAGGGGUAUGAAAGGUAUCCACAUUAUUUUUUUCUUCUUUCACUUGAAUCCAUUGAUUACAGCUUCUUUUCUCAUAGAAUUUCAAAAAUUUUGGUGUGCUAAUUUUGAAAUUGUGGUGGCUGAUUGUGGCAUGAUAUUGGUAUAUUAUGAUUUUGAGUUAAGAAGAUAUAAGAAAUUCAUCUCUUGAUCUCUUCAAACAGAUCUGAUUCCAUGGUAUGAUGAAAUUGGGUUUAUGACAGCAAAUGUUGAUUUGAUCUUAUUUGGUUAUGCAUAGUAGAUAGUACAAGUAAAAACAUCAACAUAUCCUUGUUAGAUCUAUCAACUCCCUAGUCCAAACAAUUUGUACUAUUUACUCAAAAUAAUAACAAUGGAGAGAUCUAUGGUAGUUCAUAGAUCAAAUUUGAAAUUGGUUCUGGAGGCUAGCCUGUUUCAAAGCCAAAUUUGUCUCUUUCUGUGUCAAUGUUUUCUUACCAUCUGAUCAUGGUGAGUGGCAAGUGCAUUUGCUUUUUUGAGGAUUUUGGUUUUUAUUUAAUCUCUUUUCUCUUUAUCACUGCAAUUACUUUUUUGGGAGUGUGAAUGGGAACCUUUUGUGCCUAAUAUCUUUUUAGACUGGGCAGUGAUGGUGGGAUCCACAAAAGCUGGUGUAAUAGGAUCUAUUUAUCUUUGUGAAGAAUUUUGAUUCAAAAAUUGGAUGUAUCCCCCACUCAUGUGGGGCCACUUUACCUCUCCCAAGUCCCAUGUGUCCAUGUUGAAAUUAAAGACAAAUUUAUAAUGGGAAUCAAUCAGUUCCAAAAUUGACUUGGGGGGAAAGAAAGGGGGUAUUUGUUCAAGAAGGAAAUUAUCUUGGAUUUGCACUUUUUAGAAUACUAGACUAGCAAGCAAACCCAAAUGUUGUGUUUUCUAGAUUAAUGAUUUGAUAGAUCAACAAUCUGAUAGCACCCAAGGUGGUUAAGUUUGUAUGAUUUAAAUCCAUGUAGUUAUGUCAUGCUCACAUUUUGUGAACCUAAGUACUGAUGUGGAAUUGUGGAUCUACGCAGCAAAGUUGGAUUUUUUGAGUGCCUAGAAUUGAUUUAGGUAAAAUUGUGUUAAAAAUGAAGUAAUUUAUGUUUAGAUAUGUGUUUGGAAAAAGUGAUUUGUGCACGGUAAUGUUGUGAAAUCUAAUUAUAAAAUCUUAAAAUUAAUUAGGUCUUAGGCCAAGUACAGUUUAGCUUGAUAUAGAAAUAAUCCAGCGAUUAUCCGGUAGAAACUAUGUGAAACAAGAAUGAAAUUGAAAUAUCAUAGAAUGGUAUGCUAUUAAACCUUGGAAAGAAAAGUAUCAACAUAAAGAGGGAAAAUAGAGGGAGUGCCAACCAGAAAGGUACAAAAGCAAAUUGGAGCAAUUCAGAGGAGAGGAAAUCCAUGACUUUUAAUUAUAACUAGUAACAUCCUUUUGUUUGUUUUCAUAUUUUGAUUAUAGACUUUUGUGGUGGCAUAUUUGUUGUUAUUGUAGCUUAAUUUUUGUUUUAAGAGUUCUGUCGGUGGAAUAUUCAGACUGCAUGUUACCAACUUCCAAAAGGAGAGUCUACUCCUAUGAAAUGAUGAUAAAUUGAUAAUGUCUUCAAUCUCUAUGUAUUAGUUCAAUAGAAAAAGUGAAAAACAACACUCCCCUAACAAAAUUAAGAUAUAAAAAAUAAGGGAAGAGUGAAGGAAAUGUUGGACCAGCACACACUCACCAAGAGUCUAUCAAUAAUACUAUAAUGGAUUCACUAUGAGUAUAUGGAUCUGAAUCAGUACUCAGCUUCUUUGGUUAUGCAGUAAGAAAUACCAUAAUUUUUUUUGAGAGAAACUAUAAAAUAUUGUUCUGAUUGGCCCUAAAUUAUCUAGAUCCAAUAUCAUCAUAGACGAUCCAAAAGACUCACGACCGAGUGAAUGUUGCGUUGACCCAAAAUACUUUUCCUUUGAACCUCUACUAAGGCUUCACAAGUUCGACAGAGUCAUCAUUCCCUUGGAGAGGUUCUCUUCAUCCACUAGGGAGACUUUCCUCCUACUUGGUUAGGUUUUCCCUAUACAAAGUGAGUUUCUGCCACAUUACACAAUUUACUACCCAAAUCGUUUUUUGCUUUCUCUUUUCUUUGGCCACCACUGCCACCCUCCCUCUGUCGUUGGCCACCAUUGUCGACCUCUCCUUAGGCUGCUUCACGUCUCCUCGCUCUCCAUCCCUGAAGGCAUCACGAACCUAUGAGCCACCUUGGCAUCAGGCUCCAGCCACCACCUACUGGCUCCAGCUACUGCCCCUGCCUCGGUCACCUCUCUUGACCUCAGUCUCUGCUGCUGCCAUCUUUGUAGCUUCCAUCUCCGGUGUGGGUGUCUCCUUUUGCCUACUCAGCUCUUGCUGAGGUAUGAUGUUUGGAAUCCUCAUAAGUCAAUUGAGCCAAUAUAGCUAAUGACACCCAAGUUGUCCCAAGCACAACCAUUGGCUUAGAAAUCGUUGACAAUGGCGCUUCACUAAGGCUAAGUACCUCACACACAAGUCACACUACAUUCUACUAAUGCAUGUUUGAUGUAUAAUUACAUAAUAACUACUUUUUUUUUUAAAAUUGAUUUUUGCGUGGAUA